CAAGUUUGUUUUUUUUGUUAUGGCUGUCUUGUGUGAAAGCGUCUGCGUUUGCUGUUUCAUUCCAAAAAUCAAUAAAAUUUUCAAUAAUACGGUCAAUACCGCUUUGUAAAGUGAGCAGUGUUCGUUUAUGCUGAGUAACAUGUAGUGAUUUCCACAAGUAAUAAGAAUUUUGGUUAGGCGUAUCGCAAUAUCACCAUGCAUCGCCGUGGCGGGAAACGUAUCCGGAUGGAUGAUCCUCCACCGGAGUACGUGAAUCCUAUGACCCCGGCUACUCCCAUGACCGACUACGGUGGGCAGUCCGUACAUGAGCCGGAGACGCCCAAUGUCAACUACUCGGGGUUCAACGUCGGGGCGGUUGCGAACUCGACUGCCGUUGAGCCGCCGCGGGAGGAAGAGGAUUCUCAUCAUGAGGAAGAUGAUAUGCGUUCACCCUCCCCAGCGCCUACUAAACGUAUCACAAGAAGCCGUGGGCGCGGUGGAGACGGAGGCUACGUAGGGCGGCUGGCGGAGUCGCCGCCUCCGCCGCCGCUGCGGCCCCGGCGCGGUCGCGGGGGCCGUGGUCGUGGCCGAGGGCGGGGCGCGCCGCCUCCGCCAUCUUAUUCACCUCCACCAAUGUUACUUCCUGGAGAUGAUGAAAACAGCCUUUACAAUAUACUUCGCUUCAAUAAAACUGCCAUCAAUCAAGUCGUGGACAUGUGGAUUGAGCAGUACAAAAGCAACCGUGAGCAUGCGCUGGUGCAGCUGAUGCAGUUCUUCAUCAACUCCUCUGGCUGUCGAGGGAAGGUGACUCCUGACAUGGCCCAGAUGGACCAUACACUCAUCAUCAAGAAGAUGACACAGGAGUUUGAUGAGGAAAGCGGAGAGUAUCCUCUAAUUAUGUCAGGACAGACAUGGAAGAAGUUCCGGUCGAAUUUCUGUGAGUUCAUCCAAACACUUGUGAAGAUGUGCCAGUACUCCAUCAUCUAUGACCAGUACCUCAUGGAUAACAUCAUCUCUUUGCUCACUGGAUUGUCUGAUUCACAAGUUAGAGCAUUCAGACACACUGCUACACUUGCAGUGAUGAAGCUAAUGACGGCACUUGUGGACGUGGCUUUAUUAACGUCUGUGAACUGCGACAAUUGCUUACGUCAGUACGAGGCGGAGCGGCUCAAGGCGCGCGAUAAGCGUGCGAGCGAGAGGCUUGAGGUGCUUGUGGCAAAGCGACAGGAGUUGGAAGAAAACAUGGAGGAGAUUAAGAAUAUGCUGUCCUAUAUGUUCAAGUCCGUGUUUGUGCAUCGAUACAGGGACACGCUGCCGGACAUCAGAGCCAUUACGAUGGCUGAGAUAGGCAUCUGGAUGGAGAAGUUUCCUGCACACUUCCUCGACGAUCUCUAUCUCAAGUAUAUUGGGUGGACUUUGCAUGACAAGGUGGGCGAAGUCCGUCUCCGCUGCCUUCAAGCCCUACAGCCCCUGUACGAGUGUGAAGAACUCAAGGGCAAGCUGGAACUCUUCACUAGCAAGUUCAAAGAUCGUAUUGUCGCUAUGUCGCUCGAUAAAGAAACAGACGUGGCCGUGCACGCUGUGCGACUUGUUAUCGCUAUACUCAAGAUGCACCCCGACGUGUUGACCGACAAGGACUGCGAGAACGUAUACGAGCUGGUGUACUCGUCCAACCGCGCGGUGGCGGCGGCGGCGGGCGAGUUCCUGAACGUGCGCCUGUUCCGCGCCGAGCCGCCGCCCGCCACGCCGCCGCGGUCCCGCCGCGGCAAGGAGCGCCUGCCUAAUACGCCGCUUAUCCGGGACUUAGUGCAGUUCUUUAUCGAGUCUGAGUUACACGAGCACGGCGCGUACUUAGUAGACUCGUUGAUCGAGUCUAACCCAAUGAUGAAGGACUGGGAAUGCAUGACGGACCUACUCCUAGAGGAACCCGGACCUGGAGAAGAAGCACUUGACAACCGGCAAGAGUCCUCACUCAUUGAGCUAAUGGUCUGCUGCGUAAGACAGGCUGCUUCAGGCGAGCCUCCGGUGGGGCGCGGCGCGGCGCGCAAGCACGUGGCCGCGCCCAGCAAGGAGCAAGCCAAGGCCGUGGCGGACGACCGCGCGCGCCUCACGCAGCACUUCAUCGCCGUGCUGCCCGCGCUGCUCGACAAGUUCGGCGCCGACGCGGAGAAGCUGGCCAACUUGGUCGCCAUCCCUAUUCACUUCGAGCGCUCGCUCUACUGUACGGCUAGACAGGAAACGGCUCUCCGCGAGCUGCUCGCACGUCUCAAAGACAUCGUAGGCGCGCAAACCGAGGCCGAGGUCCUGGAGACGGCCGGCCGCACGCUCGAGUACCUGUGCGAGGCCGAGGGCGCCGCGGCCCGCCAGUGCGCCGUCGCGAGGGCGACCAUCACGGACAUGUGCGUCAACAGAUACAAGGAAGCUAUCGACGAGUAUCGCUCGUUACAGCAAGGGGGUGAGGAGCCAGAUGCGGACGAGACAUUCAACGUAGUGAAUUCACUUCGCAAGGUGUCAAUUAUGUACAUGUGCCACGAUUUGAACAACACCAACAUUUGGGACUCCCUCUUCGAAGAUCUACCCAAGUGCCUUAAGCCCAACGAGAUGCCAGCGCAGGCGCUGGUAUACGUGGUGCGCUGCCUGUUCUACUCCGUGCUGUGGUCGUUGCACGAGCUGGAGGAGCGCGCCGCCGGGGCCGGCUCCGGCGGCGCCAGCGUGGAGGCGGGCGCGGCGGCGCUCCGGGAGCGGCUGCACGCGUACGCCAGCUUGUGCAAGGACAUCGUGGCGAGGGGCGUCGAGCCGCAACUGCGGGAAGAGGCGUACACAUCACUCUGCGACCUGCUGAUCUUCUUCGCGGAGCAACUGGGCUCGCGCGGCACGCCGGCGCUGCGCCCGCUAAUCCUGGAGCCCGACCCGGAGCUCUGCGACCUGCUCAACGACUUCAUACAGGAGUUCGUGUUCGUGCAGCACAACUACGACGGUCAAGAUGAGAGACGAAUCGAGGAGUUGCACAAAAGGCGUAACUUCCUGGCGGCGUACUGCAAGCUCAUCGUGUAUAAUGUGACACCAAUACGAAGAGCCGCCGACGUGUUUAAGCACUACAUUAAGUGCUACAACGACUACGGCGACAUAAUCAAGGCGACGCUGUCCAAGGCGCGCGAGAUCAACAAGCUGUCGUGCGCGCUCACCAUGCAGCUCGCCAUGCAGGCGCUGUACGCCGCCAUGCUGCAGCGCCACGCCGCGCCGCAGCGCCUGCUGCCCGAGCUGCUGGAGCUCAAGGAGUUAGCGAAGCGUUUCUCGGUGAUGUUCGGGCUGGACGCAGUGAAAAACCGCGAGGCAUUAACGGCGCUGCACCGCGCCGGCGUGGCCUUUGCGGCGCUCGAGCCGCGCAACCUGCUGUUCCUGGAGCCCCUGGCCGAGCUGUCCAACAAGCUGCUGCGACAGGACAAGCGGCACGUGCUCAAGUUCCUGGACGGGCGGAUCUCGGCGGGCGCGGGCUGGGGCGAGGAGUGGGCGCCGCUGCAGACGUACCGCGGCUCGCUGCUCACCGACGCGCAGGACGAGCGCCCGCCGCCGGCCAGGCGGCACUACACCAGGAAACACAGAGGACAAGAUGCAGAAGAAGAGGGUGACGAGAACAACGACUCUGACGGCGAGCAGGCCGGGUGAGCGCCACUACUCUUGUAGUUAGCCAUCGAGCCCCACAUCAAACACCGACAUACUAUAUAAAUUAUCAUAUAUUAUAUUUAAGUAAUAAAGCGAUUUAAGCCACAUCAAACGCCUCCUAAGUCCUAGCGUAGUAAUUAAGUGCUUUUUCGUCGGCGACGCGAGUGAGAAAUGGACUUUUUCUGCUCGUCUAUUAGUCGGCUGAAUUAAGAUUUCGUAUGCUACACUAUAAUUGCGUACUUUUCAUGUACGGACUCCUACUCAACUAUAAUAUUCAUUUCGAUACGCUGUAGUCGCCGCGCUCCCAUAGAAAAGAGAUAAACGGGCGGCAAAGUCUUUUGUACUACAUUUUUGUCUACGGAGAUACUUAACAAUUUUCAUUACUUAUUUAGUAAUAAUUAAUAUUUAAAAAAAGUAUUGUAUACAAUAGUGAUAUAAUCAAGCUUUUCAAUCUCGUACUUUACUUAGGCAACGAAGCUUAGCUCUCUAUUAUGUCACGAUUGUAUAAAACACUAUUCGGUUUGAAGGAAUCUUCAGUUUACCCUUUUACCGUCAUAUGCAAAGUUGUUAAAUAUGGCGCGGAAAGUCUAAUAAUAAGAAAGAAUUAGGAAACAACUGGCCCUUUUUCUCGCCUUGCCGAUGGAAAAACACCUUUACAAAAGGUUUUUUAUUUAUAAGUACAAAAUUACGCUACGACUUAAGAUGGUAUUACACUGAUAUCAAUCAUAUUAUAACGGUUAUAUAAACAUGUCAAAUAUACUAUGUAUGUAAUAUUGUACAAUUUUGUAUAAUGUGUAAAACUACACUGACAUCUGCCAAAUGUUACCUGUAAAUAUAACGUAUUUAUUAUGAAUAUUUGUAUGAAAAGGGGCCUUAUUAAACUAAACACAUGGGGGAAUCGAUGAAGUAAAUUGUUAGUUAGUUUAGUUAGUGUAGUAUAGAGUAGUUAGCCGUACAGUAUCCUGUUCAGAGGCAGAAGAUCACAAGAAUUUAGAAGAGUACAGUCAGCUACAGAGUCAACAGGAACGAGGAGCUAAAUACCUGCUCUAAUUUUUAAAUCAGCCUAAAGUAUAAAUCUGAGUAAAAUUAUGGUUCUGUUGAAAAAACCGGCAGUGGUAAUUUUGCCCCUUGCCGGUUUAUUGCAAGUGCCGGAUUGUUAGAUUUGUAUGGAUAAACAAGUUUUGAUCAUAAAACACAGUAUAAUCGAUAAUGGCAACAUGUUGGGUCUCAUUGUUAUUAUGUUCAACAUGUUAAACGUUUUCGGUUGCGGAAGAUGAUAAUUUUACGAAAAAAUAGCGCUUCAGAUUAUUUUAUUCGCAGAGAUUGCGAAAGUCGUGUUGGUCGAAUUUAAAUGAAGUCAGCUAGUCAGUCAAGUCUACCACGAAAUCUGUACGAACGUGCCAUAGUCGCCGAACAAAAAUCCGUAAUAAUAGAUUCACUUGAUGGCACUGAUACGAGUCCAUAUAUUUGCUUUGGUUUCAUUGCACCUAAAUAUCGUAAUGCCGUUUUGUUUAUAUAUUCUCAAUUUCAAAGUCCCAAAAUGUCUAAAAAUCUAAUCGGGAGUGUUAUUGCAAUGUUCUGCCGCCAGAGUGCAGCACUAACACCUAUCGUAACAAACUGUGCCUUAAACUGUUUUUGACAAGGUUUCACAAAUAGUAAAAUAUGACAAUGAUGCAUCAAGGCGGUUUGUUUACAAAGGGUCUACCGGGAAACGCAAAAAUCGAAAUUUAGUUAUCUGCCUCUAUCGCUCGAAUGGGCAAAAGUGAUAAAGAGGUUGGAUAACGAUAUUUCGAUUUUCUUGUUUCGCGGUAGACCCUCAGAUUUUGAUGGAUUGUGGUAGUUGCGCCCCCUAGAGUUUCGCGUAAUAUUCCGUAUGUUUCCUUCUUAAAAUGGCCGAAUGUCAUAAUGACUUAUCCAUAUCGUCCAAGUCCAAAAAGUAAGUAUAUAGGAAUCUAAGUCUCAAACUACCUAAAUGGUUCUCUAAAUGCCGAAUAUCCAAUGGACUUCUUAACUUAAGUUUAACUGUCCUUAGUGCAUUUUUAUAACCUUUGUCGUUUUAACAAUAGUAUUUCAACAAUCUUCUGGAACUUAAGACGAUAAUAUUGGAUAAAUAAAAUAGAACUCAUUAAUGUAGGUUAUUUGAGAUUUAGGUAUUACGACUCCACAUCGAUUUGAAGUUUAGGCAUUUUGGAAAUUUGGAAAUGUGGUGUUUUGAGAAAAAAAGUUAGGCAUUCUGAGAUUCAGGCAUUUUGACACUAUUCCGUUUUGAGAUAUAGGAAUUUUGGUAAAUGGGUAAAAUUAAAUUAAGGAGCAAUGAAACCAAAGCAUAUAUUUUAUGGUUGUGGAACUGUCGAACGCCAGCAACUCCCUCUACUGUCUAAAUAGUGUAAAUCACUUGUAGGCUGACGCCUGUAACGAUGUAAAUUCGACUUGUGACCCAAACGGCUCUGAAAAUUCACAAUCGACAUCGUUCAUUAUCAUCCAACUACUCAAACCACGUCGCAAACAUAAGGUACGGCCUCUGUGCGGGCCCACUGCGGAUCCGUUGACUGUUUUUUAUAAAAAUUAAUGAUAGCGUAAUUAAUAUAUUUUUAUAAUAAACGAGUUUUGAUAUG